AAAAUAAUGAUCGGAAACACCGUGGCGGUGGCUCGAGCGCCGACUGGCCGACACACAACAUAGCCCAUCGGUUGACUGCGGAAUCUCCGCAGUCGCCAAUCAGUUAUGCGCCCUUACUUAGGCACCCGUCGCUGCUUUCCGUACUUGUUUCACUCUUGCAUGCAGGUCAGACACUGCUAGCUGGUUAGCAUGCGCAACUACCUGCUAGCCAACAAUGUCAACAUCUACUUCCACAGGAAAAGAGCGCUGCGCAUCGCCGCCUUUACGGGUGUGCUGCUUACUCUGUUCCUCCUCCUUAGACGCACGCUGGAGGACGUCGAUGAUAUCGGGCUGUCCGAGUUAGCUCUAUCUGCACAGCUCAUUGAAUUCUCUCAAUACCUCCCUUUCAAAGCGGCACGGCUUCCUCUUCCAUCGCCACCCCGAACACCAUUACGACCAGUCCGCGAGCUACCAGACCCGUGCCUCGAGGCUCAUUUCGCCCACGGCGAGCUCUGCCACGCAGAGCAGAUUCAACCUGUCGACAUACUGUGGACAUGGGUGAAUGGUUCUGAUGUGCUCUUGGACGAGGCGAAGAGCUCUGCGCAGAGCCAUUACAGCUCAAACGAUCCGUACAGACUUACGAAGGCGACCAGUCAGGCGCGGAUGUAUCGCGACCAUGACGAGCUUCGAUACUCCAUGCGGUCUGUUCUCACCAACUUCAAAGGCCACGCGAGCCGUUUUCGCCUCCUCACAUCCGACUUUCCCAUGCCCGACUGGGUGGCAGAUAAGCUGGAAAUUCACGACCCGAAGUCGUGGAGGCUGGGCCAGAUGCCACAAUGGCUGGAUUUGAACAAGAGAACAGCGUCGAACAAGUGGGAGGAAAGCAGCGUUGAGCUCUCUAUUGUUCAUCAUGCAGAAGUCUUCCGUCCGUACGUUGGCACGAAUUUCAACAGUCUAGCCAUCGAGUCACAGUUCAGUAAUGUCGACAAUUUAUCUGAAUACUUUAUCUAUGUGAAUGAUGAUAUGUUCAUGAUGAACGAACUAUCUACCGUCAGCUUUUACACCUCAUCAUACGGCCUUGUGAUACACAUGCAACCGGAUCUCCUCGUCAAACCAGCAAGAGUGACUGACCGAACGAUAGGUGAAUGGCGGAGCCUCAGUGAGACCAACUAUCUGCUAAGCCAACGCUUCGGCGCCCGCUACCGCCCGUACGUCUCGCACGAGCCCAAGACUGCCUCCCGCGCACUCCUACACGAGAUGGCGGUGAUGUGGCCCGAGUCGUUCGCGAAGACCGCGACGCACACGUUCCGCGAGACCGAGCGUGGCGACGGAGAUGUCUACGCACUCUUCAUGCAUGCGCACUUUGUCGUCGAGCGUGCAAGGGAGGCUCUGUUGUGGGCUUGGGUCGUCGCGCGUGUGGGUGGCGUCGACGGCAACUGGGGCGAAAAGGAGGCAGCGCAAGCGUGGGCAGAGUUGGGCGGCGUGUUGGAUGAGAAAGAAUUGGCCGUUCAGAGUGGGUUCCGAGAUACGAUGGUGAAGGAGCGCGUCGCCAAGGUCCUAAAGGAAGGUGGCUUCAAGCCGCAAAGUCUGACUUCGUAUGCUUUCUCAUCGCUGGAUGGAUAUCCGUAUUCGGACCUGGGCACCAGGGGACAAAAACACUGGCCCGUAUUCACACCCGGCAUGGAUGAGAAACGACUCCCCUCGUGCAGGAUCUCAUUUGACGAAUGCUUCUCGCCCACUGCUGGUAAUCGCGCCAGCGAUAUCUUCAAAGGUAUCGCCUUCGAUAAGAUGCAGUGUGGCGAUUGCGUCAUAAAGGCACUUGUCCGAGCUAGCGGCAGCCAGGGCGUCUCCGCAUUCCUGCCUCUCCCGAAGUUAGUCAUGCCUCCGGUCACCGCGCCAGCAGCCGGCGCACCUCGAAUAGACGAUGAGCCUCAUCUACCACUGGUGCACGAUUGGCACGAUGGCGACUUCUCUUUGCGCGCUGUCGUAGGCACCACACAUGAAGUCAAUGUGCGACACUGGAUUUUGCAGCUGAUGCAACGCUACCGAUACGUAAUAGGAGACACGCCGUCAGUGUUUGAACGGCUUACAAGUCCCGGACAGGUAUCCUCUAUGCUGAAAAGAAUUGAGCGGACCUCGAACGUCGCUCUGCUAUGUCUGAACGAUGAUGUCACGAAAGAGAGUUGGAACGACCAGGUCACCGACGUUCUCAAAACCUGGUUCGACAGUCAUUGGGGACAACCUGCUGCGUGGGAGCAGCAAUAUUAGCAUCUCGCACUUGUACACCAGCAUUCAUUGCACAUUCUCGGUUUCCUUCUGCUUGGUUAAAUGAUUUAUCUGCGGGAUCCUGACAAUAAUUCUUUAUGCUUUAAAUGUCAGUUCGUCCGUCCAGCGCAUUCGCAAUAUCCCUGCAAACAGCGACUGUAAUGCAGAGACCUGAGCAUGGCCGCUAUCCUUUCGCCAC